AUGGCACUCCAUUGCUCAGCCAUUCAUCCACAUCACACUCCAAGAACCACUAAUCCCAAUACUCCUGCAAAUCCCCAACGCCAAGGUACCAAAACAAUCCCCUUUUCUAGCAAUGCCCAUCACCUGUUCGACCAAAUUCCCCUGUCAGAUACCUUCACUUGGAACACCCUCAUCCGCUCCCAAACCUCCGAAGGCCAUCCCCACCACGCCAUUCUCACCUACCACCAAAUGCUCCUCCGCGGUGCCCGCCCAGACAAACACACCAUCCCCCGCCUCCUCGCUGCAUCCCGCCUCUCAAACUCGUUCUUUGAUGGUAAGCAAAUCCAUUGCCAUGCUCUGAAGCUUGGCUUUGCCUCUGAUGACUAUGUUAUCACUGCUCUGAUGGAAAUGUAUGGCUGGUUCACUGGUUCCAGUGAUGCACUCAAGUUUGAUUCUGUUGCGUUGGUCACUGCUUUGCGUGCCUGCAUGCAGUUGAAGUCAGUGCAUGAAGGGAGGAAAGUUCAUGAGAUUGCGAGGAAAAGCGAGUUGGAGUUUGAUGUGUUGGUUGGGAAUUUGAUUUUGAAAAUGUAUGUUGAGUGUAGUGGGAUUGAAGAGGCUCGUAGCUUUUUCGAUCAAAUGCCGACUAAAGACGCUGCAAGUUGGACUACAGUCAUUAAUGGUUAUGUGCAGUGUGGAGGGUUCAAUGAAGGGCUGAAAAUUUUCCGGCAAAUGUGUCUAGACGGAACAAGACCGGACUCUUUCUCGGUCUCUGCUGUUCUUCCUGCUUGUGCUAGAAUGGCUGCACAAAAACAUGGAAAGGAGAUUCAUGCUCACACCAUAAGAAAUCAUUAUGGGAUGAAUUCUACGGUCCAAAAUGCGCUGAUGGAUAUGUAUGUGAAAUCAGGAAGUGUUGAACUUGCUUCUGAGAUCUUUGGAAGGAUGGAGGAGAAGGAUGCUAUCUCUUGGACUAUCAUGAUAUUCGGCUAUAGCCUGCACGGGCAAGGAGACCUCGGGGUCGCUUUGUUCCAUGAGAUGGUGAAGCAAAAUAAUGAGUCAAUUGACAACAUGACUUACACUGCCGUGCUUCAUGCUUGUAGCAGUGCUUGCAUAAUUGAUGAGGGGAAGGUUCUCUUUGAUCAAAUAAGCAGACCUCAGGUUGAGCAUUUUGCUCUGAUGGUAGGUCUGCUAUCUCAUGCAGGAUAUUUUGAUGAAGCACAAAAAUUCAUUGAGAAGCAUCAGAUUGGAUCACGCACUGAAAUUCAAAGAGCACUCCUGAAUGGGUGUAAAAUUCAUGAUAAUAUGAAACUGGGCAAGCGAAUAGCUGAGCAACUCAUUGAAUUGGAGCCUCUUAAUGCUGAGAACUAUGUCUUGCUCUCAAAUGUUUAUGCUGCAAUUGGCAAGCGGGAAAUUGCGAAAGAGCUGAGGGAGACCAUUCAUGAUAUGGGUUUGAAGCCAAAGAUGGCAUAUAGCUGGAUUGAGCUGCGAAGCAAAGUUCAUGUAUUUGGUGUUGGAGAUGUUUCUCAUCCACGCUCACAAGCCAUACACAGGAAGCUAGGAUAUCUGAAGAAUAAGAUGAAAAAAGAAGGUUACAUACCUGAUAAUGAUUUUAGCCUGCAUGAUGUUGACCAAGAGAGGGGAUGUAUUGUUGAUGAUCAUAGCGAAAUGAUAGCCAUUGCUUUCGGGUUGAUUAGUACCCAGAAGAGCAUUACUUUGAGAGUGACUAAAAAUCUUCCUGUAUGCCGAAAUUGUCAUGCUUCUGCAAAGAUGAUAUCAAAGAUUGUUCAUCGCGAGAUCUUGUUAAAGGAUCCUCAGCGGUUCCAUCACUUCAAAAAUGGUUCUUGUUCAUGUAAUGAUAUCUGGUGA